AGCUUUUUAAAAAUUGUAGAUAGGUAACUAAAUUUGCUUAUUAAGCACUAAUUCAGGUCAGGUGUGGUGGCUUACACCUGUAAUCCCAGUACUUUGGGAAGCAGAGGCAAGAGGAUCGCUUGAGGCCAGGAGUUCAAGACCAGUCUGGGCAACAUAGUAAGACUCUGUCUCUACAAAACUAAAAACUAAAAAAUUAGCUGGGUAUACCAAAGGAUUAUAAAACAUUCUGCUAUAAAUACACAUGUACACGUAUGUUUAUUGCAGCACCAUUCACAAUAGCAAAGACUUGGAACCAACUCAAAUGCCCAUCAAUGAUAGACUGGAUAAAGAAAAUGUGGCACGUAUUCACCAUGGAAUACUAUGCAGCCGUAAAAAAGAAUGAGUUCAUUUCUUUUGUAGGGACAUGGAUGAAACUGGAAACCAUCAUUCUCAGCAAGUGCAGGAAUCACAGCCAUGGCCCCCACCCUCCAGGAUUUGGUCGAUAUGGCAUCUGUGCACACGAAAACAAAGAACUUGCCAAUGCAAGAGAAGCUCUUCCUCUUAUAGAGGACUCUAGUAACUGUGACAUUGUCAAAGCUACUCAAUACGGAAUUUUUGAACGAUGUAAAGAGUUGGUAGAAGCAGGAUAUGAUGUCAGGCAACCAGAUAAAGAAAAUGUGUCGCUUCUUCAUUGGGCUGCUAUUAACAACAGACUGGAUCUUGUAAAGUUUUAUAUUUCAAAAGGUGCUGUUGUAGAUCAGUUGGGUGGAGAUUUAAAUUCAACUCCUCUUCACUGGGCCAUCCGACAAGGACAUUUACCUAUGGUCAUAUUAUUACUCCAGCAUGGUGCAGACCCCACUCUUAUUGAUGGAGAGGGAUUCAGCAGCAUCCACCUGGCAGUAUUGUUUCAACACAUGCCUAUUAUAGCAUAUCUCAUCUCAAAGGGACAGAGUGUGAAUAUGACAGAUGUAAAUGGGCAGACACCUCUCAUGUUAUCAGCUCACAAAGUAAUUGGGCCAGAACCAACUGGAUUUCUUUUAAAGUUUAAUCCUUCUCUCAAUGUGGUUGAUAAAAUACACCAAAACACUCCACUUCACUGGGCAGUUGCAGCAGGAAAUGUUAAUGCAGUUGAUAAGCUUUUGGAAGCUGGUUCUAGCCUGGAUAUCCAGAAUGUUAAGGGAGAAACACCUCUUGAUAUGGCUCUACAAAACAAAAAUCAGCUCAUUAUUCAUAUGCUAAAAACAGAAGCCAAAAUGAGAGCCAACCAAAAGUUCAGACUUUGGAGGUGGCUGCAGAAAUGCGAGCUCUUCCUGCUGCUGAUGCUUUCUGUGAUUACCAUGUGGGCUGUUGGAUACAUAUUGGACUUCAAUUCAGAUUCUUGGCUUUUAAAAGGAUGUCUUCUAGUAACACUGUUUUUUCUGACAUCUUUGUUUCCAAGGUUCUUGGUUGGGUAUAAGAACCUUGUAUACUUACCAACAGCCUUUCUGCUAAGUUCUGUUUUUUGGAUAUUUAUGACUUGGUUCAUCUUAUUUUUUCCUGAUUUAGCAGGAGCCCCUUUCUAUUUCAGUUUCAUUUUCAGCAUAGUAGCCUUUCUAUACUUUUUCUAUAAGACUUGGGCAACUGAUCCAGGCUUCACUAAGGCUUCUGAAGAAGAAAAGAAAGUGAAUAUCAUCACUCUUGCAGAAACUGGCUCUCUGGACUUCAGAACAUUUUGUACAUCAUGUCUUAUAAGGAAGCCAUUAAGGUCACUCCACUGCCAUGUAUGCAACUCCUGUGUGGCUCGAUAUGAUCAACACUGCCUGUGGACUGGACGGUGCAUAGGUUUUGGCAACCAUCACUAUUACAUAUUCUUCUUGUUUUUCCUUUCCAUGGUAUGUGGCUGGAUUAUAUAUGGAUCUUUCGUCUAUUGGUCCAGUCAUUGUGCCACAACAUUCAAAGAAGAUGGAUUAUGGACUUACCUCAAUCAGAUUGUGGCCUGUUCCCCUUGGGUUUUAUAUAUCUUGAUGCUAGCAACUUUCCAUUUCUCAUGGUCAACAUUUUUAUUAUUAAAUCAACUCUUUCAGAUUGCCUUUCUGGGCCUGACCUCCCAUGAGAGAAUCAGCCUGCAGAAGCAGAGCAAGCAUAUGAAACAGACGUUGUCCCUCAGGAAGACACCAUACAAUCUUGGAUUCAUGCAGAACCUGGCAGAUUUCUUUCAGUGUGGCUGCUUUGGCUUGGUGAAGCCCUGUGUGGUAGAUUGGACAUCACAGUACACCAUGGUCUUUCACCCAGCCAGGGAGAAGGUUCUUCGCUCAGUAUGAAGAAAAGCAACCCAAAACUCUCAAUCUGAUUUGUUUUUGUUUAUGUCAAUGCCCUGUAGUUUGAAAGUGAAGAUUUAGAGUUCACCUAAGUCCAAAGGAAAACACGUGGUUUUUAAAGCCAUUAGGUAAAAAAAGUUCUCAAUAAAGGCAUUACAAUUUUUUAGGUUUAGAAAGAUGGACUUUUCUGAUAAAUCUUGGCAGACAUCUAAAAAAAAAAACCAUAUUUUUCACAAGAAAAUGCAAGUUACUUUUUUUGGAAAUAAUACCCACUGAUUAUGGAUAAAAUGGAAUAUUUUCAGAUACUAUAUUGGCUGUUUCAAAAUAGUACUAUUCUUUAAACUUGUCAUUUUUGCUAAGUUAUUUGUCUUUGUUGUAUCUGUAAAUAUGUAAAAAAUGUUUAAAUAGAUGUACCUGUUUUGCUUUCACACUUAAUAAAAAUUUUUUUUUUGUA